UUCAUUCUUAUUAUUUUGGCCACAAAAUGCUGUCCAAAUAUAGCAUUCAGCCCACAGCAUUGGCACAAUCCCGUAUCCUUUAUUAAAAACACACGUCAUGAGGAAAAUCUCAUCACAUUUUGGUAGAAACAUGAACUCGAUUGUUAAGUUUGAGCUGUCUAUGGGCGAAAGCACUUAGAUCUCGUGAGCGGUGGAUUCCCUAGGACAUUCGGGAAUCCUCUGAGAAUAGCAUAGCCUGCAUGAGACCAAAUAAUCCGACACCAGUCCUCUGUGUGUCAUACACAGGCGAUCAUGGAAUGAUGUAAUCACUCUCCCACGGACACCCAUAAACCUGUGUUGGGGAUACUGGCAAAUUGUUAUUUGACAGGUUUAUGUAACACCAAAGAGCAGGAUUUUUUCGCCGUCUGUGUGCGUCUGUGGAAGGAGGAGGAGGAGGACACAGGGAUGGCAGAGGAGCAGGAAAAGAUUAUAAAGGAAAUGAAGGCUUCCGUGCCCCUUUCACUACCCAUUGUGAGCACUCCCUUCAACUUGGCUGCCAAGAUGUUGACGUCCAAAGGAGCAAAAAUUGAUGGGGAAAAGUGGAAUAUGUUUGAUAUGAUGAGGUACAUGAUUAUGCUGAUGGUCUGGCUUUCUAUGUGGGUUUUGAGGAUGUUUUUGGACCAUUUUCCGUCCCCACUUCCUUUUCCUUCCACUGGCUUUUUGGAGAGCAUUGUUCCCACAAGUGCAGCGCUUCCCUCAACAGAAGAAGAAAUAACCUCUAAUGUCGGUCGCCCCUCUGGCAGAGCUAUAGGCAGAGCUCUUUCACAGGUUUUAGCAUUGGUAAAUGACAUACCUGUCACUUCAAGAAAAUAUGAGUUUGCUCGGGAUUUAGCUGACAAAAUUAUAGAAGAAAAUGAAAAGCAAGGAGAUCAUGUACUUCAAGAGAUCAAUCGUAUGGCUCUUUCCAAUAGCUUUGCACGUACCUUGAAAUUGUUGAAUUCAUCAUUAUAUGGCAUGCAGAGAGAUGUAGAAACAAGCAGCUGGACAUGGAAGUUAUUUCGUAUGAUCCCUCUGUAUUCUCAAUUGAUGCCAUCAUUUGAAAACAUUUGGUUUUCCUUAUCAAAUAGGUUCCUGCUCCAACCUCCGCCAGCACUGUUUCCUUCACAAACACAGAGUAUGAACAGCAAUAACAAUUUCUUGGCAGAAAAAUUAGCACAAGAGUUGUUGUGGAUAACAAAGAAGCUACAAGUAUGUUUAGCCAUAGAGGAAGCAAUUUUGCAAUGGAGCUCAGCAACUAACUUGGCUACAUUAUCAAUAUCUGCUAACCCUCGUGUACAGGGUUCUCUGGUGAAGAUUUCAGCUCUCUUGUUUAAAGAGAUGGUGAGGAGUGACAUUGAAAUUUCGGAGCGAGCAAAGUUCAAAUCACUUAUCCUGUGGUUGCCUUUAAUGUGUUAUGCCAUGAAUGGAAUUGAUACUCCAGUAUUGUCUGCAAUAGAAAAAGCAGAUGUAGAGAGAGUGCUUGAGAAGAUAAUAUCAAACUUAUCAGAGAUUGAUCAGGAGGUUAUUCUGGCAAAUUGGCUGCAUGAUUAUGUAUUUUCAUCUUCUGACUGGCCCAAUCUGCAGAAUUGCUAUGAUGCUUGGUGCCACUCUUCCCGCAAGCUAAUCUGAAUUCCAUCCAUCUUCUGUGUACUCCUGAAUUAGCUUAUAUGUACUCAUAUACAUAAAAUUUGAAGCUGGAUUUUGUAUAAAAUAUUGGCUAGGUAUACAUCUCUAGCUAGAUAGCUAAAUAAAGUAUGACAAUCCUUAUUUCUAAA